UUGGAACCUGAAAAUAUCAACGAAUGUGGUCCUGCAUACCUAGAGAUUUAAAAUUAGCAUAAAAAUUAUGAAUCCUGUAGAAAGUUUCGUUUUUCCGGAUAUCCCCAAGACAAUACGCGAUGGACUCUUCAAACACGACAAACAGAUGAUCAUAGUUGGUAUAAUCGGCAAGAGCUCCGCGCGUAGCUGUAACAAGUUAACUGGGUUCAACUUGCUGACCACACACCCAACACUGACGGAUUCAGAGUGCUGUGAGGGCCGCAUAAAAUUUUACUUCGAGAACGAUGGAAACAUCCUAUAUCUACAUUUCGAGACCACAUUUGAUCAACAGAUCAUGGCAGAACAAUUGGCGAAAGCCAUUGAAACCGGUGUCCAGGAUAACUUCGUAAAUUUCAAUAGUCAUGUGCGUACCAGAUUCGCGCGCGUGCUACUUUUCGCUAUUCAGGUUUGCCACAUGAUCGUGCUUGUGGAACCGACGUCGGUUUUCGACACAAGCUAUCUCUCGAUCUUUAAGUCACUGAAGAUUAUACGUGAGAAGUACGUGCUGAAAUUUUUGCCGAAACUACUUAAAGCCUCAAACGUAGGCAACUACAUGGGUAAAGAAGCUCGGUUAUGCAGUCCGAGGUUCAUAUUCCUAUUUGAGGGCACAAGCGAUAUCAGGUCGGAAGACGUUGACAAGUUAGAAGCAUUGGAAAGUGCUGUAGAAGAGGAUAUCUAUAAAAUGCUAAGAAAUGAAUUUAUAAUAACGAACAACAGUGCCAUGUCGCUGUUUUCCAUUCCACGAAGCAAGAAGUUUGUCUUCUUCAGCAGUGAUUCCAAGGCCAAAUCGGAUCCAUUGCUUGAUUCAAUAGAUAUGUUGAUGGAGUACUUGGACAAGCCAUCCGCAGGACAACAAGGUGAAAAGAAUGAGGAAGAUUUCAUGAACAGUUUGCGCCCGUAUGACGGUUAUGGAAUGUCGGCCUGGAGUAUGGGAGCAGCGUCUGGUAAACCUGAAUCCGACCGAAGUAUCUUAACGCUCAUCAAAAAGCACGUGGCGGAAGCAUUUGAGCAUGGUUUUGAUGACAGUGUGUCGAAAUACAGAGGUAGAAGCCAUUUUGCGGUUCCAGGCGUCAAAUCUUGGUUUGAAGGAUUUAAGUUUCUACACAAGAUUUUCAUUGAAAACCCAGAUAAUCAAAACUACGAGCCAGGAGAUGUAGACUAUAAAGCUUUCCUGGAGAACUUCCAUAAGGUCAUCGACAUCGAUGAACGAUUCUUUGCUGACGUUUGUGAGCAUGGUAUGGAGCUUGCCAUGGUCAAUUACAAGGACAUGCUGCCUCACCAUUACAGCGGAGCGUUCCACGAGAAAAAAUAUCAACAAGCCCGGGAGCUUUUCUUGCGAUACGCUCGUGGACCUGAGGUCGAAAAACAUGAAAUCAAACUAAAGGAUUACUGUGACUCGAUCUGGUUGAACGGAAAGCAACAAUGUGAAUUCCCAAGUCUGCGUGGAAAUCCCUGCGCUCUCGGAAAGCACAAGGCAAACGACCCGACAGAUCAUUCCAGCAAUGUUGUAUUCAUAUCUGCGUGCAACUGUGGUCGGACCCAGGGCCAUCGCGAAGAUCCGUAUACAAUCAGACAGGCUAACUUUGAGUUCUAUCAACUUAUUGCAAAAAGCUGUAGUAAUUGCACUAUACUGGAAAGAGUCCAAUUUCCUGUAUUCGAACCGUCAAGUAGCGACUUCCGAGCAGCAGAAUUUAUUAACAAGAACUUGUCAAAUUUAAUGUCGCUUGAAAAUUCAAACAGAACUCCCGAUACUGGUACCCACCCUCCGAUGACCAACGAACAUUCCCCACACUUGUCUGGAAGUCAAAAAAGUCAGGACAGUGCUUCAAAUCUGACAUUCAGUAGCAUCGAUGAUAAGGAGGAAAAUGUAACCCCGUCUAAGAAUUAUGGCAGUCAAAGAAACGAAGACGAAGUCAUGGAACAAGAACCGCUGAACGAAAUUGUCAUCAAAAUCGGUGACCAUGCCGAACAGUCAGAUAAAGACAAGGCUAUUCUCAGGCAACCUUCCACAACGGAAUAUCUCCCAGGAAUGUUGCACGCCGCAAGUCCGGCUGGACUGCUACCCCAGUUUCCUUCGUGGUCUCUUGUUUGUCUUGGGCCAAGUUCAAUCUACACCCACAACAGUGGUAUCCCAGAGCACAUUCAAAGUGGAUUCCUGUCUGGGUCAAAUUGUCUGCUGCCGUGGGAUGUCAGCGUCAGGCUUGAGCACGCUCAAUCAUGGGCUGCAUCGUAUGAAAAAAUCAGAAACCGAAAGAAGAACGCAUCCAAUUCUAAAUCAAAUGACACCAGCAAUAAUUUCAGCUUGAAAAUUUUCAUCGGCGUCGAAUACGAGUGUCUUCGGGGACAUCGAUUCAUCAUGAGCGGACCGAACACUGUGCUACGGGGUGGAUCAUCGAGUAUCGUGCGAGACAGUGGCAGCAAAGUAGUCUUCAAUGACAUGCCAAUCUACUUUCCGUGCCUGUGUCGCAAUUCGAAUGUCGCUCAGUUAAUGCGAGUCCACAUUGUAACGCCCAAGGCACCCGUGAACGUAAUUCUAGAACCGAAAGUUAAAAUAUUCCAGAACAAUACACAGAGCAAUUUAACGUUCACCACGGGACAAUCGGAGCCGAUUAAACUUACGCAGAGCUCCUAUUGGAUUUUGCGGUUACCAUUCGUAUACGAAGAGGACAACGGUCCUUUGAUGCCGCCUAGUGAUGUGAAUGCUAACACCGCGGCAAUGCACGGAGUGUUGAUGGCCGGAAUGUACGGCAUCAAGGAGAGCGAGAUAACCGAAGAACUGGUUUGAAUAUAAUAUAUAAUAAUAGCUCAUGGAGCAAUAUGGUGAUUUCUAUUUCAAAUAAGGAAUUUAUUCAUAAAAGUAAUUAGCAGAGCGUAGUUUCGAUCUACGGACCUCUGGGUUAUGGGCCCAGCACGCUUCCACUGCGCCACUCUGCUGGCGGAAAUAAAUCACUUGUUUAAUAAAUCAC